GCUCGAUCGAGAGGGACAGAGACGGAGAGAGAGAGAGAGAGAGAGAGAGAGAGAGAGAGAGACGGUACCUGGUAUCGCUCCAUCAUUAGGCAUAAUAAAUAAUUGUACAUUCUCGGAUAUUAUUUUUUUUCCUUUUAGAGAUAUAUUAAUAUUUAUUUUAGAAGUUGUUGUUUUUGGAGAACUUGUGUGGAUCCGUGAAAAAAAAAACCGAGCGAUGGCUUUCAUGGUGAAGCACAUGAUCGGUGGACAGCUGAAGGACCUGACCGGAGGAUUAAAGGAGGAGAAAUCGGAUGGAGAAAAAGGCGAUGCUGGAGCCAAAGGCAUGACAGAAGAGGAGUAUGAGCAAUACCAACAACAGCUGGAGGAGGAGAAGCAAGAACGAGAUGCCAGUUUUGCCCAAAAAAAGGCGGAAAGAGCCACAGUGAGAACUCACUUCAGGGAAAAGUACAAACUCCCAAAGAACGAGGUGGAUGAAACGCAGAUCCAGGCUGCGUCGCAGGACGUGGAGCUGCCGACAGAACUAGCGAAGAUGAUCGCGGAGGACAACCAGGAGGAAGAGAGUAAGCUCUCAGUGCUCGGGCAGCUGUCCAGCAUCCAGAACGUGGACAUCGACCACCUGAAGGACAAAGCACAGGCCACGCUGGAGGAGCUGAAGAACUCCGCAGAGAAGUGCUCGCUCAUGUGAACUUCUCUUGUUCCCUCCUGGUGUCUUUCCUUCCUUUCCCUUCUUUCUCUUGUAUAACAUUAACACAAUAUUAUUCUGCACAUUUAUCUUUUAAAAGCCAUGCUGAAGGAGAAAACAUCUACACCUCUCCCUCUCAUUCUCUCCAUUCCAUUCUUUUUCGUCCUUUUCUUUUCUAUCACAUGUCACUUACAUCGCAUUUACACACACUGGAAGCUCGAAACACUGCCAUUUAUACCAGCUGCCAGGUCUGAUGCCAAGUCUAUGAAGGCUUCACUACACACACAUGGAGAGAUCUGUACGCUACAUACGGACUCUUACACAUCCCACAUAUCCGCCCGCCAGGCUGUGUGUCAGAACUCGUGAACUCUCAGAUUGAUCGUCAUCGCUGUUUGUUUGUGGGUGUUUUCAGUGUUGUGGAAAUAAAUCCAAGUUUUAUGUUUAGUAUUUUACAUAAGCCCCUCCCACUGUUUGAAUUAUGCAAAUAGUAAUGCUAAUGAGAUGUUUUUGUGAAUACAAUUGUCUUGAGUAUAACUAUGGGUAGUAGUAGAUCAGGGGUCAAUUCUCUGGGUUACUGAUCAGAAGGAUGGAGGGUUCAAUCCCUGUUAUCAUCACUCUUGGGGCCCUUGAGUGAGGCCCUUUUUAGUCCAGGGGUGCUGUAUCAUGGUCAACCCUAUGCUCUAACCCAAGCUUCCUACCGUGGCUGGGAUAUGCAAAGAAAGAAUUUCACCUUGCUGUAAUGUACAUAAUAAAAGGUGAUCUUUUACCGUUUCGCCUCAGACAGGGUUUCUCAUGAACGUCUAGACCACUUCUAAUCACAAGCAGCUGGAAAAAAAUAAAAAAUUUAAUAUUUAAAAUAAUAAUGAUAUGUGAGGUGGUAGCUCAGUUGUUAAGGCUCUGGGUUACCGAAUGGAAGGUACGGGGUUUAAGCCCGGGUAUCGCCAAGUUGACACACUUGGGGCCCCUGCGCAAGGCCCUUAACCCUCCAGGGAUAAUUUUACCAUUUGCUGACCCUGCGCUGACCACAGCUUCCGAACAUCGCUGGAUAUGCGAAGGAAGAAUUGCAUUGUUCUGUAAAGUACAUGUGGCAUGUAUAAAGCAUCUAACAUGAGCGGUUGAGGAUUAUGAGUCUUGUUUAUGAGCCCGCGAUUGUGAGCCUGGUGGUGCUGGGAUUUGAACUCAUGACCUUCUAUAAAGAAGUCCAACAUCUUAAUCCACACUUAACUCUGAAUAUGACCAAUGACAAUAAUGUUUCAUUUUUUCUAGUUUAUUUUUAUAUUCAGGUUGCUCUACACUUUUCAGGCCCAGAAAAAAAACAACCUCAGUUUUCUUUACACCAUUUUUAAGGCUUAUUUGAAGACGUAUUAAUUAUAACAGAGGAUGUGAGUUUGAAUCAAAGAAAUGAAGACGUUUGUUUAUGUUUUGAUUGUUACUGUAUUCCCUAGAAAUAACAAACCACUUCUUUAAUAAUUAAGAAACGAUAAGAAUUUCUGUGGACGCCGUUCGGUGAAAUCGGUGUGUCCGGGAACCUAUUAGGAUAAAGCAAUAAUGUAGAUACCAUGCGUCUACAUGAAGAUAGAUUUAAACUUGAACUUAAAAUGUGUCUAGUCCCUCUGUCUUUAGCAUUUAUGCCACUUAAAUCUCCUCUAAAAUCCCUUGUCCUUGAUCUGACUUCUGAAUCCUAAUCAUCUUUUACCUUUCAUCCAGUGGUGCAGUCUUGUGCAGGUGAUUGUGUGUUGUCUAACAGGUACAGUGUGUUGUUCUUUAGGACCGUUCCCCCUUUAAGAUCACUGUCCUCAAUAUUAUAUAUGAUAAAACUGUCUUGUACGGAACAGCUUGGUUCUCUGAAUCGAUAAUGUGCGGUUCGCAAUAGCACAGAUGAAGAUCUUUUCGCCAGCAUUUGUUCUGCACCGUGUGCUUCGUGUGAUUCGUGCCGUGACAGUUGGUUGAAACAGUUUGCGUAAUCGCCAUUUUUACAAGCACCAGAGCAAAUACAUAGUGCCAUAGAGCGUUGCCAAGAGUCUUAAAAUAUGAGUCUUUGUGCUUUUGUAAUCUGUACGGGUGCAAUAUAAUCCUGUAUAUACAGCAAUAUAAAUAUACAGAAAGAGCACAGAAGCAUGUUAAUGUCUUUUUGUUGAACUUGUGACAUGGGAGUGUGAUUAAAUCCUCAACCCGAAAUGUUCUUUUGAUUUCCUCCUCUGUAUAAUAAAAAUGUGUAUGAUAUUAUAAUGUAUAAUUAUUCCCCCCAUUCUAUAGCCUAAAUGGUAAAUUAUGUUCAUUUUAUUUUAGGAUAUUCACAGUUUGAGCUGUAAUAAACUUAUUUUUUAUGA